AUGGCCCCUUCUUGGCGGUCCAUUGCCUCCGCCGCGUCCCGCUCCAUCAAAGGAUACAUUGCGCAACAACGCGACGUCAAGAGAGGCUACUCGCCGUCCAGAGGGCCUCCGCAAGCGUCACCUGGAGGCAGCGACCAAUCGAGGAGACAAACAUGGGGGCAGUGGGCCGGGCAGAAGUUGCGGCGCGGCAGUUAUGGCGAGUACGACGUAACCUCGGAUCGUCUUGCAUUGUUCCCUGGGUGGGCAGCUAGGAGAUAUCGCGAGAUACCCAUCGAGGGCGGUGAAGAACUGCCGUUCGACGUUGAUGUCUUCGUCUCCGGUUUUGCCUCAAAGUUGACAGGCGUCAGCUUCAACACACGCGCGGGGAAAACGUUCUUACGUUUAGCCAAAAGCUUCGCCGCGCUCCCGAAACUUCCUGUGCCUGGCCCAGAGACGAACAGAUCCACGGACGACCUUCCAGCAGGCAUGUCGCUACCCCCACUUCCUGACGAGAUCACCGAGGAAUCCGAGAUGAAGGCCCUCGACGACAGGUUACGACGACUGGAGCUCGAAUUACAGGUCGCGGACGAAGACGACGCGUAUGCUUCGGUCUCGCCGCGCUCCCACGGCUUUCGAACCCCGUCAGGCUCGUCAGUACGGUCCGGCUUCUCCAACGGCUUCUCGGAACCCUCCAUCACCACGAGCUCGGCCUCAGUCGCUCCUGCAGUCGCAGAGUUGCAACGAUGGCACGCGAAUCUGGAAACCCGCCUACACCCAUUCUGGUCUUCCGUACUACCGAACCGAACUCUCAGAGUUUCACUACAUGCGUCGGACCCGUCGCUUUACGACACCGACAGCUCGAGUUCAACGGACAGUACCCAUUCCCUGGAAAAGCGGCCUCUCCUCACGCGCGAAGUAACCACUGGGAUCGACGGGUCGUUUCAGCUCAAGUUCUCAGUCCCAUGGGAGAAGUUGUGUAUACAUCCUGCGGGAGUACACAUAGCGUUCGGUGGGGCCGGGAUGGAACAUGAGUUGUAUGUUGUGGCGGAACUGCUAGCGCCGCCUUCUCCUUUGCCUUCGGCCUCACCAAGUCCAAAUCGAGACCUCCCACUACAACCUCAACUUCGUUUCCUCCCACCAUCUGUCACGGUGACGGCAGCCCUGUCAAUACCUCUCACAUGCUCCUCCAUCCGGGUUAUAUCCGACAUCGACGAUACUGUCAAGAUGUCUGGCAUUCUCAGCGGCGCACGCUCGAUCUUCCGCAACGUGUUCGUCCAUGACCUCAAGGAGAAUGUCAUACGGGGCAUGGGUGAUUGGUACAUGGGCAUGUGGAAGCGUGGGGUACGCUUCCACUACGUCUCAAACAGUCCUUUCGAGCUCCUUCCUGUGGUAAAUGAGUUCCUGCGGAUCGCACAGCUGCCUCCAGGAUCGAUUCGACUUCGCUCCUAUGGCGGACGCUCGCUCUUCAACGGCUUCCUCUCAGCACCCGCGAUACGCAAGCGGGCAGCAGUCCUUGACGUCCUAAAUCAUUUUCCCGACGCCACGUUCUUCCUCGUCGGCGACUCGGGCGAGCAAGACCUGGAGCUCUACGUCGAAUUGGCGCGCGAGCGAAGGGAGCAGAUCCUCGCGAUCUUCAUCCGCGACGCUGGUGCGCGGGGCGCAGACGCCGACAGCGUCCCGCCACUUGACGACCCGACCGGCGACCGGGCGUAUGAGCUUAGGCUGUUCGAGUCGCCCGCUGCGUCGCCUGCCACCUCAGCCUCGCCGCGGACCCCGACCUCUUCGUCGUCCUCCGGGCGCAGCGCGGCCUUCCCACCCUCGCGGCACCCGGUGCGGUCGAUGUCGGAAAUGGGCGCGGGGUCUCCGCCUCCGCCCGCGUUGCCCCGCAAGCCGGCCCGCGCGUUCUCGGGCUCGGAGAUGGACACGCCCACGGCACCCACCAGGGCAGACGACUACUUCGGCUCGAGCGCGGCCACACCUACGCUGCCCGCGCCCGGACCCGCGCUCGUCACUGAGGAGCCUCAGGGGAGCCCGGCGAUGUCGACGACGUCGGCACGGUCGGCCCUCGGGCGGGCGUGGCCCCCGCGCGGGUUUCGCGGUGGACGCGGCUCGCCUGCGAGUUCGCGCCCUCAGACGCCGAGCGGGGAGUGGGCACCGCAGCGCGGGGCGUCCUACGGGCAGGUUGGCACGGAGGUCGAGCGGCGGCGGUUGGACCUGCAGAUGCGGCUGUGGAAAGCGCGGUACGAGGUCCCGCCUCACAUACCGAUUCGGCUGUUCCGGGAACCGGAGGAGUGUGUGGAGGCGGAGGAGAUCCUGCAGAGGGUGCAGGAAAGGGAGAAGGGUGUGGCGGGCAAGUCGGCUUGA